AUGGUUUCUACAUCUACUUCCGAGUCUGUCUCGUUCUUAUCACAACUAUCACUGGACCUUUGUGCUUCCAUCUUACUUGCAUCAGAAAGCAAGCAUGUCAUCUCUUCAAUUGGAUGGUCAGUCGGCAGCUGCAUAGAUUGUCUAACUCUUUCACCCGGCAACAGAGACACUGAUCCCCCGGCCGAGGAAGAGAUUAACAAGUUAGAGGAAUGUUGUCCUGAAGCUGAGUCCAGGCUCACCGGCUGUAGCGGUAACGGUGGCGGCAACAAUGAUCGCAACGGUGUUGCUUGGGGUCUAAUCAUCCUGUCUGCAGACAAAAUGAACGGCCAGGUCUGA